CUCUGGAAGAAAUCUCACCCAACUGGUACCACUUUUCUUCUCUCAACCGCAAAAAAAGUAUCGUCAAUUUUUCAAACUACAACACAAACGAAAACAAUCCACUAUGGCUCCUAACGACAGUUCAUACGUUCGCUCGCACUCUUCCAUUGCAGGAAAGCAUGUUAACGUUGGUAUGAUGACCUCUGGUGGUCUUGCUCCUUGCUUGUCAUCCUCAGUCGCGCAGCUUUCCAAGUAUUGGAUUGAAGCACUGGCCCAAGGGAAGAUUUCAGGUCUUACACUGCGUAUGUACGUCGAUGGGUACUCUGGAAUCUUGACAGGUCAUUCAUUUGUUGUCCCAGAAUCUGAAUGGGAAGGCAUGGACAAGUUGAACUUCUUGGGCGGAAGUCCCAUCGGGAACAGUCGAGUCAAGGUACGAUCAAAAUGUGAUAAUCAUAUAAAGAAUUUUUGUAGCUUUCUUUCUUCGUUGCAAACUUUGUUUGCCUUCGAAAAUCACUCAUUAGAUUCUGUCGAACUUUAAAUGUGUUCGAAUUUGUCAACGCAACGCAUCAGCUGACCAAUCUUGCAGAUUGCGAAAAGAGAGGAUUCAUCAAGGCGGGAGAAAAUCCACGUAAGUUUGUCUCUUCUGUCCACUUAUUUCUGAAAUAGUUCUUUGCGGAACCAAUGGAAUCUCUUCGUUGCUAUCUUCUUUCCUCAUCAUAUCACUAAAACAUAAAAUUUUGGUAUUUCGUUACCUGCUUCUAUAUUUUCAGUCGAGGUCGCGUCUCAGCAGUUGCUUAAGGACGAGAUUCAUGUCUUGCACACGAUUGGAGGGGACGACACAAAUACUCAGGCUGCCGUCCUCUCUAAAUAUCUCAUGGAUGAGCACAACGGAAGCGUAAUUGUUAUUGGUAUGCCGAAGACUAUCGAUAAUGAUGUCAUCCCUAUUGCGCAGACUUUUGGUGCCGAUACGGCCGCAAAUCAAGGGUAAGAAAUAUUGAGGAAAUUAAUUUAUACGACGAGUUUCUUUUUAAAUUUUUUAACUGCUUUCUUACACCGUGAUGUUGCAAAACGUAUGUCGAAACAGAGCGAUUUUCUUCCAAAACGUUGUGAAUGAGUCGACUGCUAGUCCUCGCAUGCUAGUUUUGCACGAAGUAAUGGGUCGUGACUGUGGAUAUUUGACAGCGAAGACCGCCCAAUACUACCGCGAUAUACUGUCGAAGCAGAACCUAGCCAGUUCAAUUUUUCCAAGCAACCAAAGUUCUCGUGACAUCCAUGCAAUUUGGAUCCCGGAACUCAAGUUGGAUCUAAUCGCUGAGGGUGCUCGCCUGAAGAAGGUGAUGGACGAGAAUGGUUGUGUCAACGUGUUUUUCGGAGAGGGAACAGGUGUUGAGGAGAUCGUUCGAGACAUGGAAUCUAAUGGCGAAGAAGUCCCACGAGAUGCUUUUGGUCAUGUUACUCUGAACAAGAUCAACCCUGGACAAUAUUUCUCGAAGCGUCUUGCGAACUAUGUUAACGCCGAAAAGACUAUUGUACAGAAGUCGGGAUACUUUGCGCGUUCAGCCGCUGCGAAUGAAUUUGACCGCAAUCUGAUCGGUGAGUGUGCGAAAGUCGGUGUUGCUUCUGCAAUUGAAGGCGUCUCUGGUUGCAUGGGACAAGACGAGGAAAAAGAAGGUUUACCUAUUCGGCCUAUUGAAUUCGAACGUGUCAAGGGUGGCAAGGCCUUCGAUUUGAAACAGGAAUGGUUCCAAAUUAUGUUGAAGGAAAUUGGACAGAUCUAAUUGUUCAGAUGGGUGAUCAUUGUACACGCCGAUCGAAGUUUGCGCUGGAAUAACAGUGAAAGGAGAACUAAGAUAUCGAUUAAGAUGUUGCAAUCAAUCGAAAAGAAGUUUUGCACCCAGGUCUCAAAAACAAAUUGUAUUUCGUACAAAAUAAUAUUAGUAAUUUCAUGAUAAGAUUGUUGUGACUUCUCUGGCUCUAGCGAGAGCGAGCUUUGCUGCCAGAGCUACAAUGUGUCCUGUCAAGGGAACCUCGCCUGUGUAAUCAACUUGGAGCUUUUCAUUGGCCAAGCUGACUACAAUUGUUAUGCUUCCUUCGAAAAAUGGCUCCUCAAGAUUACUGGGAUCAGCUAUGAGAUGUAUUGUUUGAUCUCUUGGAUGCACCCAAAUUCCCAUCGUGAGUGAUACCCGGUAAUGACGCUGGACUCUCUGAUCAUUCGAUGUUUCUUCAUUGCUUGCACAUCUCACCGCCUCAUUGAUAUUUACUGGUAAUUCUGGAUGCGGCCUCAACCAGAGUUUCCCCUGCACUUCAGUCAAAUCUUUUCCAACUUUCGGCAGUCGCGUAUCUUUCCAUGCUGCCAUACAUGCCAAUAAGGCUGUAUCUUUAACGUUUCCAUUAUCUUCUAAAACCAUGACGGUAAUGACUAAUUGAAGGCAAGACUUUCCUGUCAAGAGAUUAAGUGACUUUGCCAUCAUUUCGUCUUGUUCAAUUGUCCGUUGUAACCAGGACUGUAGUGACUCCCAGUAGUGUUGCUGGGAUUUUGAAUCUCCUGCAACAUUUCUACCACCUGUACCGCUCACUUGGACAACAACUUCCCCCUCGUCUGGUUGCUCUGGAGACGGCUGGCCUAUGUUGAACGUCGUCGCGGCUAGAAUUUUAGUCCCGCUGAUGUGACCUCCGCUUUCGUUUUGAGACACCAGAGCAGACCCCGCUGAAUGCUUUAGCAUGCCGUAAACAGCUUGUGUCGUCCGACCUUGAGUGAAUAGCCUUCCGUCAGGUCGCGUCAACUGUUCCCAAUAUUCGUUGAUGUGAGCUUUCGGGUCGAGACACUGAAUCAACGACGUGAUGGGAUGUAUUGAAGAACUUGAAUUUUUUGAUGGAAUGUUGAACCAUUCGUCGAAAUACGAGUGCGAUUUCGGCAACUGAUGGUGUGGCGAUGGAUUUGUGGAGUUCAUAGUUCGAAUACAAUAUUUGACCUUAUUGAAAAUUUGAAUGACAAUAGAUAGUCUUCAGUGUU